AUGAUAUCCACAAUACUUUAUCUAUAUGGCAGUGUCAUAACCAUGGCCUACUUUUCAACCGUCUUUUUAAUUUUCUUUGGUCUAAGCUGGGGCGUACUUCCACAUUGGUAUCUUCACCUAAUUUCUCGGAUUCAAGAAUACUUCCCGGAUGAAAGACACAAAAACAAAGAAGCCGAUGAAAACAAUGAUGAACAAGAAGAUGAUAAAAGUGCAGAUGAAAUUGCUGAGGAACAAGUCAAAAGGAUAAUUGACAAUGACUUAGCCCCUUGUUUUGGUACAGCUCCCACCAUAAGACCUACUUUAUUGGGGCUAAUGCCAGAGAAAGAUUGGAAUGCAACUGAAAAGACAAUUUUCUUCGUCGGCUUGUUUUUCAGAGCAUUCUUUUUGAUGCCCGUGAGAAUCGGUCUUCUGUUGACGUCAUUUGUCUUUGUCGCCCUUGCGGGAUUACAGACUGCAUUCAGAACACUAUCUGAUCAUGAGAAAACCUGGGUUGCGAUUGUCUAUUGCCGACUAUUCUGCAGCAGCAUGGGACUUGUUGCCAACUACAGAAACCCUCAAAACAGACCCAAAAAACCCGGAGUUGCAGUCUCCAAUCAUUUAACCCCAAACGACAUUCAAAUCUUAUUUGCUGGAACUCCACACGGAAGCUCUUACGGAUAUGUUGUUACUGGUCAAAAACACAAAGGAAUUAUUGGAGUCAUCGAACAUUUGGUUGAAAAGCUUUGUCCAGCCCUCUGGUUGGAAAGAAAAUGCAGUAAUGAGAGACAAGGAUUCUUGGCUGAAGUUAUGAAGAUAGCGAGAAGAGAGGGUCCAGUAUUGUUGUUCCCAGAAGGAUACUGUUCUAACAACAGCAAAGUGUUGCAGUUCAGAAAAGCUAUUUUUGAAGAAAAUGUUAACAUUUAUCCAGUAGCAAUCAAACAAAUUCCAGAAUACGGUGAUGGAUUUUGGUAUGAAGACGAAUUCUUCCAAUAUUUGGUCAGAACUAUGCUCAACUGGGCAGUUGUGUAUGAUAUUCAGUAUCUUCCAAUGGAAACUCGUAGAGAAUCAGAAAACAACACGAUGUUUGCUGGAAGAAUUCAGCAAAUUAUCGCACGAGCUGCCGGAAUCUCAUCAUGUGAUCACGGCGGAAAUCUAUGGUAUAAACAGGAAGAGAGAAAUAAAAUGAAGGAAGCUAUCAAGAGUCAAAACGAGGCAGCCAUGAGGCGAAGCUCCAGUUCUGUUUCCGAGAUAAGCAGUAGUAGUUUGAGCGCCGAUGAAUUCGAGAAGGUGUUGGAAUCCCAGUGUCAUAAGUACAUGAAUGGACCUGAAGUUGAAAAUUUACAAUUGAUUUUUUAA